AUGGGCGAACUACAGAGGCUCAAGGGCUUCAAUGUCGCCAAUCAUUUUGAGAAGCGACAGCUUCUCAUUGCUAUAAAUUGUGUUGCCGCUCUGUCAAUUUUUUUCUUCGGUUAUGACCAAGGUAUGAUGGGAGGCGUGAACAAUGCUAAGGAUUACGUGGACUUGAUGAAAUUUGGCUAUGUGAACGACGAUGGAGACGUAGUAGUCACCGACAGCCUGCUUCAAGGCGGUAUUGUCAGCGUUUAUUACCUGGGCACGUUAUUCGGAUGUUUGCUUGGUGGCUGGGUUGGCGACAAGGUUGGCCGUAUCAAGACGAUUGCCUUGGGUGCUGUCUGGGCCAUCAUCGGAGCAAGUCUUCAGUGCUCAGCUCAAAACCAUAAUUGGAUGAUUUGCGCUCGUGCUGUUAACGGCAUCGGAACCGGUAUCCUGAACGCCAUCGUCCCAGUCUGGGCAACCGAGACUGCAGAACACACUUCUCGUGGCCAAUUUAUCGCUAUCGAAUUCACUCUCAACAUUUUCGGUGUCGUGGUGGCUUAUUGGCUGGAGUUUGGGCUGUCGUUCAUCGACGGCGGCGCCUCUGCGAUCCGAUGGCGGUUUCCCAUCGCUUUCCAGAUCAUCCCACUCCUGGUACUCCUGGGGAUUGUCUGGUUCUUUCCUGAGUCACCCCGUUGGCUUGUUAAGGUGGGCCGUGAUGAGGAAGCGCGCUAUAUCCUUCACAGACUUCGCGGAUCGACUGGUGAGGAUGCCGUACAGGCAGACGCCGAAUACCAUGAUAUUCGCAACAUUGUCGCAUUAGAAGCCAAGGAGUCUCAAAAGAACUCUUAUCUCCACAUGCUGUUCGGUAUUGGAUCUGGAGAGCUCCACACCGGUCGUCGUGUACAAUUGGUGAUCUGGCUGCAGAUUGUCCAGGAGUGGGUUGGCAUCGCUGGCGUGACAGUCUAUGCACCCACAAUUUUCAGAAUCGCGGGAUUCAGCAGUGAGAAGAGCCAAUGGAUCAGCGGGCUCAAUAAUAUCUUCUAUAUGUUCGCUACUUUGAUCUGUGUGUUCACACUGGAUAGAAUUGGCCGCCGGUGGACUCUUUAUUGGGGUGCUGUGGGCCAAGGCAUCGCCAUGUUCCUGGCUGGCGCCUUUUCGCGCCUUGGCCAAGACGCUUCCGCCGCUGGAAACGACUCAAAGGCCAGCGCAUAUGGCGCAGCCGCCGCUUCCUUUGUUUUCAUCUUCACGUCUGUCUUCGGUGCCACCUGGUUGACGGUCCCUUGGCUAUAUCCGGCCGAGAUUUUCCCGCUUCAAGUCAGAGCCAAGGGCAAUGCUUGGGGUGUAUUCGGAUGGUCCAUCGGGAAUGGAUGGCUGACACUUUUAUGCCCUGUUAUGUUCUCUGCCAUUUCUGAAAAGACGUUAUACAUUUUUGGGGCCUGCAACGUUCUGGCUGUCCCUAUGGUGUGGGCAUUAUACCCCGAGACAGCCAAUAGAACUCUCGAAGAAUUGGACCUUCUUUUCGCCGCGAAGACGCCAUGGGUAUGGGAUGCUGAGCGGGAAUUUGCUCGGCUGAAAGAAGAACAGCCUGAUCUUAUUGAGGCAGCGCAUCAUCAUCAGCGAGUUGUGGAUGCUGAGACGGGGGUUGUUCAACCCUCGACCAACGGGAAGACGGAGGCAGAGGAGGGCGAAGUUGGUACCUCCGAGCAAAGAAACUAG